AUGGAUGCUGCUAGCCCAAAAGAGAGUCCAGUGCUUUCUAGUCCUUUCUCAUCUCCAAAUGUUGGUGCCCUGUUGAAGAUUAAGAUUAUUUCAUGGAGUCAAGAGACUGGCUUACCUGUUUCUGUUCGUAUCCGGAUUGUUAAUAGAACCUUUAACCUGCACAAGUACCCAUUGGUUUCAAAGAGCGGAUACUUCAACAGAAAAUUGAAUGAAUCAAAUGAGGUUGAGCUGCCACCAAACUUCCCGGGGGGACCAGAAACCUUUGAGAUGAUUUCAUUGUUCAUCUACGGAUCCUCCACACUAGUUGAUCCCUUUAAUGUAGCAGCCCUAAGAUGUGCAGCAGAGUUUCUCGAAAUGACAGAAGAAUACAGCUCUAGCAACCUCUGUGAGCGGUUUGAUAUUUACAUGAACCAAGUUGUCUUGCAAAGUUGGGAUGAUACCCUGAUAGUCCUACAAAAGUGCCAUACAUUGCUUCCCUGGGCUGAAGAGUUGCUGAUAGUGAGUCGCUGCAUUGAGUCUCUUGCCUUCAUGGCUUGUAUGGAGAUUCUUGAUCCAGAGAGAAGGCGAGAGCAUCCAGUAGUUACAGUGGAGGCUUUGGCUAACCAACCUUGGAGCUAUGAAAUGGUGAAGGAGAUGAUAAUUCAGGAUCUGUGGAUCAAAGAUCUUAUUGCUCUCCCAUUUGGAUUCUUCAAAAGGAUAAUAGGAUCCUUGAGAAGACAAGGUAUGAAAGAAAAAUAUGUUAGCCCCAUUGUGGUCUUCUAUGCAAACAAAUGGGUUCUCUCAAAGAAGACAUACCUGUUUAGGGAGAAAUCAGGUGAGCAAAGUGCUAAUGUUGAUGAAGAAAACAAAGUUUCAACUCUCCUACAGGGAAUUCUAGAUUUGCUGUCCAUGGGGGAGAAGGCUAGUAAAGUAAUCCCAGUUGGGUUUUACUUCUCUUUGCUGUCUAGGUCUCUUGAACUUGGUCUCCAAAGUGACAGUAAGGCAAAGUUACAAGGUCAAAUUGCAUCCUUAUUACAUUUAAGUCAGGUGGAAGAUUUUCUCCUUCCAAAAAGUGGGACAGAAAACAUUUCCUCCAGCAUUGAGUUGGCCACAAUGGAGAGCAUAGUUUCAACGUAUGUGUCAUAUAAUAUAGAGGCAAACCAUAUUCCUUCGUCAAGUAACUCCAUUGUUGCAGAAUUAUGGGACAUAUAUCUUACUCAGAUGGCUAGUGAUCCAAAGAUGGAUUCCAAAAGAUUCAUGGAUCUCAUUGAAACAGUGCCAAUCUCUAGCAGACAAUGCCACGAUCAUCUCUAUAUAGCAUUGAACACCUUCCUGCAGGCACACCCAGAUUUGUCUCAAGAAGAUAAAGGGUUGGUAUGCAGACACCUCAACUGCCAGAAACUAUCACAAGAGGUGUGCAUCGAAGCAGUUCAGAAUGAGUUGAUGCCGCUGCGUUUAAUAGUCCAGGCACUGUUUGUUCAGCAACUAAAUACGCACCAAGCCUUCAAAGAAUGCUCAGACUCAUUUAGGUAUGCAAAUUGCGGAGAAUUUUCCAGAAGCCUCUCAAGCUCAAGAUAUGCAAACUCCAAAAGCCAGAAUCUCGGAGAGAGCCCCUAUGUGGAUGGAGGAGAAGCAGGCACACAACCCUUGAGCUUCUUUCUGCAGAAAGAUCUAGCAAUGCCAAAAUCCGAGUUCAGGUCUGAGCUCUCAAGGAAGGAUUAUGAAUCCACAAGCUUCAGAAUUCAGAAUCUUGAACAAGAACUCAUGUCGUUGAAGAGAGGCCUUCAACAGCAGAACAUUUCAAAGAAAACAGAAUUCAUACCAAAGAAAACAGAACCAAUUUCAGCCAAUCCACAGAGCUCAAGAACAUUUGGUUUGGAAGGAAGAACACUGAGCAAGAAGAGAAAUCCACUUGGACAGGUGACCAGUUGCAUUGGUUCUGUGAAUUUUGCUUCCCAGAGAAAGUAUGCCAGUAGACUACUGAAGGUAUUUCAAAGAAUGAGUUUGUUCGGCAGAGGGAAAUCAAAAAUAAAGCCAGGGGCCCCUAACCUCUGGCCCAAGUGA